AUGGUGAUGGUGGGGAUCAUGAGGGUUUGGAUUAUGAUGUUGGGGAUCAUGAGGGUUCGUAUGAUGAUGGUGAGGAUCAUGAGGGUUCGGAUGAUGAUGGUGGAGAUCAUGAGGGUGUGGACCAUGCAAGUGGGGAUGAUCAUGCUGUUGACAAGUGUACAGGAUGGUGGUAGUGAGGGUGUACAUGAUGGUGGUUGUGCUGAUUUGUCUAGUUAUGAGCCUAUUAGUGAGUAUGAUAGUCCAAGGUAUUGGGGCAAUACAAGGGAUUUUGACUUUUCCAAUCCAAGAUUUCGGGUUGGUAUGGAGUUUGCCACUGUGAAAGAGUUUAGGAAAGUAUUAAGGCAGUAUUGUGUGGUGGAGGUUGAUUGUGACUGGAGGAUUCAUGCAUCCCUUAGCCAUGAUGGAGGCAACUUCAUGGUGAAGACCCUCAAUGAUACACAUAAUUGUUUAAGGGUGACUACAAAUAGGGAGGCAACAAAUACAUGGUUGUCAACAAAGGUUGAAGGGUUGGUAAGGGUUCAUCCUAACAUGUCAAGCCAUGUGCUUAAGUCUGAAAUCAAGAGGAUGUAUGGGAUAGAUGUCUCAUGGAGGAAAAUACAUAGGGCUAAGCUUAAGGUUGUUGAUAGGACCAGGGGGUCAUUGGCUGAAUCAUAUGCAGUACUCCCCCAGUACUGUAUAGCCUUUCUUGCAAGCAACCCUGAGUCUUUUGUAAAGUUACAUGCCCACUUGCCUCAGAAGAAGACACAUUUGGGGUUUUCAAGAGAGUCUUUCAUAUGCCUUGUAGGUCCAAGGAAUGAGUUCUUGGAUGGCUGCAGAAUGAUUAUUGGACCGAAUGAUUGCCACACAAAGACUGGUGCAAUAGCGGGUAUAAUACUCUUAGUUAUAGGGAUUGAUGGCAAUAAUGGCAUCUUUCAUAUUGCAUAUUCUUUGAUGGAAGCUAAAAGCAGGGACAAUUGGACAUGGGUUUUGGUUAAGAGAUGCUCUGGGUAUUGA